GGUCGAAGUACCCGUAUGUUCGGUUCCGAGAAUUGAACGUAGGAGACUUCUACGAAUGGGGAAAUUCCAGUAAAUUUUUCAGUUUUGCAGGAAGUCGAAAGUUUCACAUAGGCUUAUCAUAACAAUUUAUGAUGUCGAGUCAUCAAGACGAUAUGCCUCUGCUUAAUGUUGCAGUCAUUGGAAAAAGUGGCACAGGAAAAUCAACAUUUAUAAAUGCAUACUUUGGGUUGCCACACACUGAAGAUUAUGCAGCUAUGACCGAUGUUGUAGAAUGUACACAAAUAACAACGCCCUACUAUCUACCAGGCUGCGAUGUUGUUCUGUGGGAUGUCCCAGGGUUUGGUACUCAACGCUGUCAAGAUGAUGCAGAUUACAUACACAAAAUUAAUUUGAAAAACUUUGAUUUUUACCUGUUGCUUUCUUGCAGUAAAAUAAGUGAGUAUGAAAUUUUACUGCACAAUGAAAUCGCUAAACAAGGAAAGCGAUACUUCUACAUAAGAACCAAAUUUGACAGAGAACUGAAAAAUGAGAAAAUGGCUCACAGAGCUACAUUCAGUGAAGAAAACACCAGGAACAAAAUAAGGAAGGAGAUUACAGACAAGUUCCCUGAUGUUCCGGUUUAUUUUGUUGAUUCCCUGAAACCAGACAUGUAUGAUUUUCCCAGUCUGAAGUUACUUGUUAAAGAGGGGACACUCUUUUCAAAGUCCUCUCACCGAGAUGUUCAGCGAAAAGGGGAGUACAUGGUGGAAGUUCGAAAUAAUCGUCAGCGUCCAGCUGCUGUGAGGGAAAAAUGUAUUAUACUGUGAAUUGAGAUGGAUGGAUGGACUGAAGGGGAAAUGAUGCUUUACUCGAACAUAUGUUUGAAAAAAACAAAUAAUUAUGCAAUUCGAAAAUGAAAGUUUUAAAAGAGAAACCUGGUGUUUGAAAAACUUUUAACGGCAUAUGUGAGAUUGAUGGAUGGACAGAUGGGAAAUGAGGCUUUACUUCAACAUAUGUUUAAAAAAUCAAAUAUGCAAUUUUUAAUACAAAUGUGAUGUUUGAAAAACUAAAUUGUGAUGUUUAUAAAAUACAGUAGAAUUUCAUUGGCUCGAACGCCCAAUGGUCGAACGUA